AUGACCAGCGGCAACCCCAUCCGGAAGGUGGUGUCAAUGAUGGAGAAGAUGGCCGAUAAGAUUGAGGAUGAAGCAAAGAAGGAGGCCGACCAGUACGACAAGUUCGAAUGCUACUGCAAGAAGACCAUAGCCGAGUUGGAUGAGAACAUCCGUCAAGCAGAGACGAACCCGGUGUCUCAGGCCGACAUCGAUAAGAAGAAAUCCGAGAUCGCUGGGUUGCAGCAAGAGUUGAAGACUUUGAAGGAGGACCGCAUCGCAGAGGAAGAGACUCUGAAGUCCGCGGAGAUGCAGCGCGGGAAGGAACAUGAAUCCUUCGUGAAGGAGGUCACUGAAGAAGAGGAGGUCGUCCAAGGCAUUGAUGCCGCGACCACGGCCCUCAAGGGCGGGGAACCCACGGCCUUCUUGCAACAGACCAAUAAGGUGUCGCGCGUCGCACACGCAGUGGAAGCAAACCUCCACAUGACCUCCGAUGCGAAGCAGCGGGUGAGCGCCUUCCUGGCGAAUAAAGGUACCGAGUCGCCUGACAUGGUGGUGGGCAUGUUGUCGGUCAUCAAGGACGACACCAACAAGGAAAUCAAAGUGGAGACGGACACCGAGGAGAAAGCAGUGGACAACUUCCACGAGGUGGAAACCGCCAAGAAGACGGAGAUCUCCACCCUCCUGAACACCUUCGAACGUAAGAUGAAGACCAUCGGAGAGAAGCAGGUGGAAGUGGUGAACCUGAAGCGCGAGCUAGCGGACCAGGGUGAUUCCAUCGCAGAUGACAAGAAGAUGCUGGCGGAGUUGAAGAAGAGCUGCACGAAGAAGGCGAUGGGAUUCUUGGGACCGGACGGAGAACGAGACUAG